UAUGAGUUCAUGGAAAAGGGGACUCUAAGAAAUCAGCUCUAUCAUUCAAAUGGCAAUCCUGAGAGAUCAUCAUCACGAUUUGAAUUAUCUUGGAAGCAAAGACUUGAAAUUUGCAUUGGAGCAGCAAAGGGGCUACAUUAUCUACACACUGGUCCAGCUGGAGGGAUCAUUCACCGUGAUUUGAAGUCAUCAAACAUUUUGCUUGAUGAAGAUUAUGUGGCUAAAGUUGGUGACUUUGGCCUUUCAAAGUCAGGCGUUUCUGAUACAGAUCAUUUCACCAUGGGAAUAAAGGGUAGUUUUGGUUAUCUUGAUCCAGAAUACUUUACGACACUCCAGUUUUCAGUAAAAUCAGAUGUGUACUCAUUUGGAGUAGUACUUUUUGAAGUUCUUUGCGCCAGACCAGCUGUUGACAACUCACUUCUGAGUGAGCAGGUGAGCUUGGCUGAAUGGGGGAUGCUGUGGCAAAGGAAAGGCCAAUUUGAGGAAAUUAUUGAUCCAUUGCUUGUUGGUAAAAUCAAGCCUAGUUCAUUGAAAAAGUUUGGGGAAACUGCUGAGAAGUGUUUGAAGGCAAAUGCUGCUGAGAGGCCUGUAAUGCAUGAAGUGUUAUGGGACUUGACAUUUGCACUGCAGCUUCAAGAAAUUACAAUUCACAGAGAGCUACAUGAAGAUAGUUCAACAAGCGUUUACCAAAAAAAUGAAGAUAGUUCAACAAGUACUUCAUUGGAGUUACAGUUGCCUGUUAUUUGUCAUUUGCCUUCCACUAGAACCCUGAUUGAGGAGGAUGAUGGUUCAAAUACAACAGCUAGUGAAGUCUGAGCCCCAGUUGAGGAUUGAUGGUGCCAGAUGGUCUCCACUAGUUUUAGGUACAUAAUAGUUCAUAGGUUCUGUUUGUGGCUUCUCAUCACCAUAAAAUUGUAAUAUUAUUGAUGUAGUACUGAAUAUGAGUUUCAAUUUGUGUUAUUUGUUAAAA